AUGUCCAAGUUGUCAAGGUCGAAAGAAGAGAGUCAAUUUAGAGAUGCUCUGAAGUGCUACGAUGCCAAGCAGUACAAGAAGUCUUUGAAGAUCAUUGACGGGGUCUUGAAAAAGAGCCCUGGCCACGCUCCGAGUCUGGCCUUGAAAGGGUUGGCAUUGUACUAUUCAGACACAGAUAAAGCAUCUGCCGAGUCGUACAUCACCAGGGCAUUGGAAAAGGACCAGUCGGACAAUGUUGUUGAUCAUAUUGCCGGUAUAUACUACAAGGCAGUCAAAAAUUACAAGCAAGCGGCCAAAUGGUAUCAAGCUGCCAUGGACAACGGUUCCACCAACAAGAACAUUCUGCGUGAUUUGAGCACCAUGCAGAGUCAGAUCAGAGACUACAAGAAUCUGCCAAAGUCGAGACUCGGGUACCUGGAAGACCAGCCGGGUUACCGUGCCAACUGGACCGCUUCUGCUGUGGCACAUCAUCUGAACGGAGACCUGGUGAACGCUGAAAAAGUUCUUGGCCGCAUUGAAGAUUUGAUCAGCGACAAGCUGCAAGAAUCGGACUACUUUGAGCACUCCGAAUGUCUGCUUUACCGGAACGAGGUCAUUUCGCAGGCCGGCAAUUACGAGGCAGCUUUGAAAGAUCUCGACCGGAUCGAAGAAACAGGAAUGGUGCUGGACGGGUUCGCUUUGUUGGAGAGAAGAGCACACUAUUUGAUGAAACUGGGCCGCAAAAAGGAAGCAUCCUUGGUCUACCGUAGGCUUUUGAAGAGAAACCCGGACAACGCCCAGUAUUACUACCAACUGGAACAGGCUCUGGGUGUGACUGGCUCUUCUCGUGUGAGACUGGCCCUUUACGAGAAACUAGCCACUUUCUACCCAAAAUCGGACCCUCCAAAGUUCAUUCCUUUGACGUUUUUGUCUGGGGACGAGUUCAAGCAGAAAGCAGAAGAAUACAUCGUGGGACAACUCAAACGGGGUGUUCCAUCCACGUUUGUCAAUGUGAAGCCGUUGUACAAGAGCAAGUCCAACGCUGCCACCAUUUACUCGAUCGUUUCUAAUUUCUUCAACAACACUAAGGACGAGCCACUCACCUACUGCUGGACAGCAUACUUCCUUGCCCAGCACCACUACCAUGUGGGGGAAUACUCUGCUGCCUUGGAAAAGAUAGACGUGGCCAUUGGCCACACCCCAACACUGGUCGAGCUGUACAUCAUGAAAGCCCGUAUCUUCAAGAGACUGAACGAGCUGGACCAAGCUGCCUCGGUGAUGAACGAAGGUCUGAAACUCGACUUGCAGGACAGAUUCAUCAACACCAAAACCACCAAAUAUUAUUUGCGUGCAGACAACGUCCACAAGGCCAUCGAUACCAUCUCUGCGUUCACCAAGAACGACGAAAGCCCAAAUGGACUCAAGGACUUGCACAUCAUGCAGUCGAUCUGGUUCUUGGUUGAGAGCGCAGAAAGCUAUUUGAGAAAGUACAGAAAGGCACUUGGUGACAAGAACGACAAAGAAGCAGUCACCAACCUUGGACUGGCUCUUAAGAGAUACUUGAGUAUCACCAAGGUGUUUGACGAGUUCUACGACGACCAGCUGGAUUUCCACCACUACUCCAUGCGCAAGGGAACGCCGGGUGCAUAUAUGAAGAUGAUCGAUUGGGCAGACAAUUUAUUCGACCAGCCAAUAUACAAUCGUGUUUUGGAUGGUUUGAGCGAGGUUGUUUCGGAGACUUUCCGUCACAGCGAGCUUCUCUCUUCUGAGCAUGUGCACAGGAAGUUGAAGAAGGAGGAGAUCAAAAAGCGGGAGGAGCUUGUGCAAUAUUCGCAGGGCACUGCCAACGACGACGAUGUUUUCGGAGAAAAAGCGCUGUCCAAAAUUCUUGCUGACGACAAGCUGCAAAUCCUGGUGAACCAGCAGGUUCUGCUGCAUGCAUCCGACAGUGUAUUCACGCAGAUUUUCAACUUCAAGGUGAAUUUCCGGCUGAAAAAGUACGUUUUGUGUUUGCAGUCGGUGAACAAACUGCUAGCCAUUGACUCUCAAAACCCACAUAUUGGGUACAUGGUGGACCAGCUGCGGUCGAACCUGGACGAGUCCAUUCCGGAGUCCAUCAAGAAGAUCGUGGGUGUGGGGCUGAUGAAGCAUUUUGCCAACGUUGACACUGCCAAGCUCCUGGAGACGUACUUUUCCAGAGCCGAUCUCGAAACCGCGUAUGUGCUGGUCCGUCUGCACAAGUCGGAAUAUCGCGAGCGGCUCGCCGAGAUCGUCGAGCGUUUGGAUCCGUACUCUGCCGGGCUUGUCAAGAUCAUGCAGCUUAGCUAUUGA